AAGCACUUGAAAUUAUUCAGUUAAUGUGAAAAGGAGGUAAGAUAUGAAUAUGGCAUACAUGGCUUCAGAUCAGUCAUCAUAAUUGUCUUUCUUUCUAUCUGUUGACAGAUAUUUGUCACCAUUAUUGCGUGAACUCCAAAGGUUGCACACUGUCCGGCUCGGGACAUGUUGAGUGCGUGUGUCCCACUCGCUACGAGGGGCCAAAAUGCGAGACGGACCGAUGUCUUCGCUGCCGAGGGGCCCCGUGUAUCGUAGACGAAGAGACUGGAGAUGUCGCCUGCAACUGUACAAACGGCAGAAUCGCAGCCAGCUGUCAGCUGUGUGACGGAUACUGUUAUAACGGCGGAACCUGCCACCUCGACUCCGAGGACGGGCCUGCCGUUCUGUCAUUGCCCGUCCGAGUUUAAAAGCCCGAGGUGUGACGAGAGAGCUAACCCGUGUGAUCACUACUGUCAGAACCAGGGCGUUUGUUCCCUCACCGCCUAUAACAAACCUCACUGCAAGUGUUCUGCAAACUGGUCAGGAACACAGUGCGAAAGACCUGCAUCCAAAACCAACCGUUCAGAAAAUGUCAGCGGGAGAAGUAUUGCCAUAAUAGUGCCUCUAGUUCUUCUUGUAUGCAUUAUCACCGCUGUUGCAGUGGGACUCCUUAUUUGCAAAAGAUGUCGAAGAGGUAAACAGGUUCAGCGGCAGCCUAUGGCCAAUGGUGGCUUGAACGUGGAGAUCGGGAAUCCGUCCUAUAACAUGUAUGAAGUUGAUCAUGACAAUCACGUAGACGUGGGAAGCUUUCUUCACCCCAGCUUCACCCUUGACCCUCAUAAGGGCUGGUGUGUGAAGUCAAGCGACCCUCGCAAUUUGCCCCCUGCUCGCCCACUGACUGCACACACUUUACCCAUCCAGAACCUUCCAAAGGAGCUCAUUCCGGGACAGGCCAUGAAAUAUUCAAACCCCAUCUACUCAAAGAUGACGUACCAUGACAGACGGCAAUGUCGAAAGCCAGUCAUCAACCUCGACAUGAGGACGCGAUUUACUCCCAAAGAGGCUGGAAAAGACGACGAUUCGAGAAACGGCGGCGUAACCUAGCUUUCUACAACCUGCUUCGUUUUUAUA